GGACCAGCCUGGAGGGUUAUUGGGGCUGGAGGUGUCAUUGUAGAAAGGCUUGGGGUGGAGGGUACCUGAAAUCCAGACCCACCCCGUCAUGGGUAGGGACACCUUCCACUAUCCCAGCUUCCUUCUAGCCCUGUCCAACCUGGCCUUGAGAACUUCCAGGGACGGGGCAGCCACAACUUCUGGAGCACCCUGUACCAGGGUCACCCCAUCCUCACAGGAAAGGAUUUCUCUUCAAUAUCCCAUCUAGCCCUGCCCACUCUCAGGGAGAACCUGUUCCCCCCUGUGUCACUCCAGGCCCUUGCCCAAAAUCCCUCUCCAGCUCUCCUGGAGCCACAUACCAGCUCCUCUCCAGGUUGUGGAGUUCCACAUGGGGAAACCCCUUGUCCCAUGGGUGUUCACCCUGUGCUUACCCAUCCAAAACAGCCCUGACUCUGUGUUUAUCAGUGAUUGUGGUGUGUAGGUGACAUCCUUCAUGGCCUUUGACACUGCUUUUUGUUCUCUUCAGGAAAUUCACCUGGUGAAGGCAGGGGGUCCCCUGGGCCUCAGCAUCGUCGGGGGCAGUGACCACUCCAGCCAUCCCUUUGGCAUUCAUGAGCCUGGUGUCUUCAUCUCCAAGGUGAGCUCCUCGGGGGCGGCAGCGCGGGACGGGCGGCUGCAGGUGGGGAUGAGGAUCCUGGAGGUGAACCACCAGAGCCUGCUGGGCAUGACGCACACCGAGNCAGACUCCUGGCUGGGAUCUCCUGCUCCUGAUGCCUUAGCCAGGGCACUGGGGACAGUCACAGAAAUUUGCAUUGAAAAGGCUCCAGGAGAGAAGCUGGGCAUCAGCAUUCGGGGUGGAGCCAAGGGCCAUGCUGGCAAUCCGUUUGAUCCCACUGAUGAAGGCAUCUUCAUCUCCAAGAUGUCCCCAGGAAUCAUUGCCAACCCUUUCGCUGCCGGCAUCGGGCGCAAGAACAGCCUGGAGAGCAUCUCCUCCAUCGACCGGGACCUGAGCCCCGAGGAGCUGGAGAUCCUGCAGAAGGAGAUGGAAAUGGUGAGAGAAGCCACUCAGUGGGAGAGAGAAGAAGUGGAGAAAGUGGAGCGGAUGCGUAGGGAGCGGGAGGCGGCCACGCAGCAGCUUGAGGAGGAAGCAGAGAACGUCCCCAGCGAGCCCCUGCGCCUGGACUACAGAACCCUGGCAGCUCUGCCCAGCAGUGGCCUGCAGAGAGGCAACCGUGCUGCUUCCAUUAACUUCAUCACAUCGCAGGAUGACAGUAAAUCACAGACCAAGCCCGGCGUCAUCCAGCCGCUGUCCCGCGUGCGACCGAGCGCUGCUGUGGCACUCAGGGCCGAGGAGGGGGACAGCCCCAACCCCUUCCAGCAGCCCCAGCCCUGCUUCAGGACCCACAGCUCUCCAAAGCCAUCGCCACCGUCGCCACCGUCCCCUGACGAGGUGCCCAUCAACGUCAAGCAGGCCUACAAGACCUUUGCAGCAGUGCCCCUGUCCCAGCCCCUGCUGGGGACACAGGAACUGUCUGGUCAGAGCAGCACAGAAAACACCAAAAUGGCCUUGGAGGUGGCCGCCCACAGCCCCGGGGGCCAGCACAGCCCUGAGCAGAGGUCCUUCCGGGAGAGGCAGAAGUAUUUUGAGAUUGAGGUGAAGCAGCAGCACCUGGACAGGCCUCCCAAGCGCGUGUCCCUGGUGGGGGAGGACGACCUGAAGAAGAUGAAAGAGGAGGAGGCCCGCAAGCUGCAGCAGCAGCGAGCCCUGCUGCUGGAGGAGGAAGCUGAGGAGGAGGAGGAGGAGGGCAGGCGGGCGCCCCAGGCCAUGCAGUCCAGCGUCAUCAUCGAGGGCGUGGAGUACAAGGUGGAGAGACUGAAUGGGAGGAGCAGCCAGGCUCCAGCAGCUCGGCCCUUGGAGCUCAGUGAGAGCAGCAGCUCACAGAGGAAUUCCCUGGAGGAGGGCAUCAAGCCUGAGCACAGAACCAACUCCAUGUCGGGGUGA